GCGGGGGUCGGCGGCGCUGCGACCGGGGUCGCGGGCGGCAUCGGCGAUCGCCGGAGCGCGCCAGACGUGACAGGGCAGGCUCAGUCAUGUCGGGGUCCCGGUACUCGAAAUCGUCCUUCUCCUACACGUCAUCAAGAUCGACGGCGCGCUCAUCAGGCUUUGUCUCAGAGCUGAGCUCCGCUGUGAGCAAGGCCGGCUCCAAGGUGACGUCAGAGAAUGUGCACCAGUCCGGGGAGGUGAUGGUGCACGAGGAGGCGUCGGAGAUCAGCACCUCGUCCACGACGGAGGCGCAGCCGCCGGGCGAGGUGCAGCUGGUGCACAAGAUCGGCCAUACGCUGCGCCAGAUGCGGGCCCUGCAGAAGGAGCAGCAAUCGGUCCAGCAGGUGCUGUUCACUGCUGGGUCAUGCGGGGCGUCGGGGUAG